UCAUCAUCAGACAAUGCAUUUCAGAAACCAGAACACUUCUGAUACCAAAAUAUUGGUCCCUUGCCUAAAGAUUCAGCAUUAAUAUGCAGACAAGCUGAGAUGGAAAAUUAUACAUACAACAGUCUCACUCUGCAGCUUGAGGGGUUAAAGAUUACCAAGACUAACAAAUACCCGAUAUUUAUCUUUCUGCUUUUGAGCUACAUGUUCAUCUUAAUUGCCAAUGUGGGCAUUGUUAUCUUGAUAUGGAAAGAAAAAAGCCUUCACCAGCCGAUGUAUCUUCUCUUCUGUAACCUGUCGAUUAAUGAUGUUAUGGGAAACUCUCUACUGGUUCCACGGGUGCUUGCAGACAUCCUGGUGCCUCCUUCUAACCGCCUCAUUCACUACUAUGAGUGUGUGAUGCAAGCUUUUACAACACACAUGUUCAGCACCAAUGCACAUACUGUGCUCAUGAUUAUGGCGUUUGACAGGUAUGUGGCUAUCUGCAAUCCACUGCACUACUCAAUCAUAAUGAAUGACAAAAUGGUGAUAAAGCUGACAGUUUCUGCCUGGGGAGUGGCCUUUGUUUUGGUUGGGAUUCUUCUCGGUCUGACCAUACGGCUGAACCGAUGCAGGACUCUGAUCACAAACCCUUACUGUGAUAAUGCCUCACUCUUUAAACUCUCCUGUGAGAGUGUGUUUAUUAAUAAUGUCUAUGGCCUUACUUUCACUGUAGUGUUGCUCUCGUCCUCUAUUGGCAGUAUAAUACUCACCUAUUUUAAAAUCGCAGCCGCCUGUCUGACUAAUAAGAGUAACUCUUUAAACAGUAAAGCCUUGAAGACCUGCAGCACUCAUCUUUGCCUAUAUCUCAUCAUGUUAGUCAGUGGGAUGAUCCUCAUCACCCUCCACCGCUUCCCUCAGUAUGCAGAGUACAGGAAAAUUUCAGCCAUUCUCUUUAACGUUGUUCCUGGCAGCCUGAACCCUGUUAUCUACGGACUGCAGUCCAAAGAAAUAUACAAAAGUUUGUCAAAUAUAUUCCAUCCCAAAAGAAUUAUGUUGUUUUAAUUUGAACUCCCUGUACAGAUUGUAAAGCCCUCCAAGGCAAAUGUAUUUUGUGACUUUGGGCUAUACAAAUAAAAUUUGAUUUGAUUUGAAUUUGAAGAAGUCAGUGUGGUGACAGACCAAUAUAAACACACUAAAAUGUGUAAAAACUUGAUCAACUGUGACAUUUUUUAUUUUUGUGUUUCUGUGAUUAAAUAGUUAAGAUGUUAUGUAGUUGUGACCCAUGAGCCAUGUAAAACCAGUGAUUCUGUAAAUAAUGAGUUAUUCACAUAUACACAUGUAUUUUGAUUGAAUGUCAUUUCAAAAUUAUUAAAAUAAGUUUUU